AGCAACCGAAAAAAAAAAAUAGAGAAAAAAAAAAAUUGGGACUUAUCUACAAAACAGCCCACCAUCGCCCACUUCCCAUCUUUUUCUUCCCCCCCUCUCUGUGUUUUUUCCUUUUCUUUUUUUCUUUAUCCAAUAUUCACUGUGGGAUACCCCCUCUGGAUUGUUUGGGAUCUCACAGUUCUAACCUGUCUCUGAGCAGUUAUCAGCUGUCAGAGAAGGCAAAGAAAGGGUUGGGUGUGACCCCGCAGCACCAACUGCGUCGUAGCGACGCAAGGCGACGUUUUAGAGAAGAAAAGAAAAAAAUCCAUCGGCCAUCAUGGACCAGCAAAGAUUCCUUCAGCAGCUGCAGAUUGUCCUGAACCCCGCUCAGGGCAACGUUAAGGAAGCGACUGGGGUCUUGCAGCGCGAGUUCUACAACCAGCCGCAAUCGCUUGUCGUCCUGAUCCAGAUUGCGACUUCGCAUGAUGACCAGAACCUGAGGCAGCUGGCGGCCGUCGAGGCGCGGUCGUUGGUGGGCAAGCACUGGUUGACUGUCCCCCCUGAGCAGAAACCCCAGAUCCGCGAGCAGCUGCUCCGCGCGACUGUCGGAGAGAGCUCGGACCUGGUUCGCCAUUCUACUGCUCGUAUCAUCUCUGCUAUCGCGAAGAUUGACCUUCAGGAUGGCGAGUGGGCUGAUCUGCCCAACUUCCUCAUCCAGGCCGCUGCCUCUGGUAAGGCUGAGGAGCGUGCCAUUGCUGUCUACAUUCUCUUCACUGUCCUGGAGACUCUGGGUGAGGGAUUCGAGGAGAAGUUCCAGGAUCUCUUCAACCUGUUCAGCAGGACUAUCCAGGACCCCGAGAGUGCUGAGGUCCGCAUCAACACUCUGCUGGCCCUGAGCAAGCUUGCUCUGCACCUCGAUUCCGAGGAGAACAUGGCUCCUGUCACGGCUUUCCAGGGGCUCUUCCCGUCCAUGGUGGCCGUUCUCAGACAAGCCAUCGACCAGAAGGAUGAGGACCGGAUCAUGCAGGCUUUCGAGGUCUUCCAGACUCUCCUCGGCUGUGACCCGCAACUCAUGAACUUGCACCUUAAGGAUCUCGUCGUCUUCAUGAACGAGAUUGCCGCCAACACCGACAUGGACGAGGAUACCCGUACCCAGGCUCUCAGCUUCAUCAUGCAGUGCGUCCAGUACCGCAAGCUGAAGAUCCAGGGUAUGCGCAUCGGUGAGCAGCUCACUCGUACUGCUCUUCACAUCGCUACUGAGCUGGGCGAGCCCGGUCAGGACGAUGACGAUAUCACUCCUGCCAGGUCUUCCCUCGCCUUGUUGGAUAUCCUUGCCCAGAGCCUCCCUCCCAGUCAGGUUGUUGUGCCCCUUCUGCAAUCCCUGGGCCAGUACUUCACCAACGCAAACCCAGACUACCGCCGUGCUGGUAUCAUGGCCCUGGGAAUGUGCGUUGAGGGAGCUCCAGACUUCAUUAGCACGCAGAUGAAGGAGAUCUUCCCCAUCGUUCUGCAGCUGCUGGCUGACCCCGUCCCGAAGGUCCGCCAGUCUGCUCUUCACAGCGUUGCUCGCCUGGCAGACGACCUGGCUGAAGAUCUCAGCAGAGAGCACGAGAAACUCAUGCCUCUGCUCCUCCAGAACCUAGCCAGUGCCAUGCAGGAGUACAAGGGUGAGGAGAGUGGUCCGACCAUUGACAUCAUGAAGGCUGGCCUCAGCGCUAUCGAUGCUGUUGUCGACGGACUGGAUGAGAAGGAUGUUGUUCCCUACCAAGGAGAGCUCGUCCCGGUCUUGCACAAGCUCUUCAAGCACCCCGAUUUCAAGAUCAAGGCUCUGACUGCCAGUGCUCUUGGCUCCCUUGCCUCCUCUGCCGGCGAGGCCUUCCUGCCCUUCUUCGAUGAGUCCAUGCACCUUCUGCAGGAGUUCGCUACCGUCAAGGACAGCGAGGAUGAAUUGGAGCUCCGUGCUAGUGUCACUGAUGCUAUGGGUGAGAUGUCUGCCUCCGCCGGACCGGAACGCUACCAGCCCUACGUCGAGCCCCUCAUGCGUGCCACCGAGGAGGCCCUCCACCUCGGCCACUCCCGCCUAAAGGAGAGCACCUACAUCUUCUGGGGCUCUAUGUCCAAGGUGUACGCUGAGCAGUUCUCUCCCUUCUUGGAGGGCGUCGUCAAGGGCCUCACCGCUUGUGUCGAGCAGGAGGAGACGGACCUUGAUGUUGACCUUGGUGAAGCCGCUAAGGAUCUUGUUGGCCAGGAGGUCACCAUUGCUGGCCGUAAGGUCAAGGUCGCCAGUGCCGACGAUGACGAUGAGGGCGGUAUUGAGGAUCUCGACCUCGACGAGGAGGACGCCUGGGAUGACAUCACGGCCACCACUCCUAUUGCUCUCGAGAAGGAGAUUGCUGUCGAGGUUAUCGGCGAUAUCAUCACCCACGCCAAGAGCUCCUUCCUUCCCUACUUCGAGAAGACUAUUGAGCUCAUCAUGCCCCUUGCUGAGCACCCGUAUGAAGGUGUCCGUAAGAGCACCAUCAGCACCCUUCACCGUGCUUAUGCCACCCUCUUCUCUAUUGCCGAGGAGAGCGGCCAGAUGGAGAAGUGGAGACCUGGUUUGCCUCUGCAAGUGCAGCUCGCUGGUGAGGUCAAGAAGUUUGGCGAUAUCCUCAUGACCGCCACCAUUAAGAUGUGGGCUGAGGAAGAUGACCGGGCUACUGUUGCCGAUAUCAACCGCAACAUGGCUGAGAACCUCAGAUACUGCGGUCCUGCUCUCGUUGCGGAAGAGGGUGUCCUUCAAAAUGUCAUCCAGCUCAUCAUGGACAUUGUCAACAAGAAGCACCCUUGCCAGGAGGAGUGGGGCCCAGCCGAGGAGACUCUGGAUGAGACCUCCGAGUUCGACUGGGUCGUGGUUGACACUGCUCUCGAUGUCAUCUCCGGCCUUGCCGCUGCUCUGGGCGAGAGCUUCGCCGAGCUCUGGAAGAUCUUUGAGAAGACCGUCCUCCGCUUCGCCGGUAGCACCGAGUCUCUUGAGCGCGCCACUGCUGUCGGUGUCCUGGCCGAGUGCAUCACUGGCAUGGGAGGCGCUGUCACCCCCUUCACGUCUACUUUCAUGAAGCUGUUGAUCCACCGUCUGGGUGACGAGGACCCCCAAACCAAGUCCAACGCCGCUUAUGCUGUUGGCCGUCUGAUCGAGAAGUCCAACGCCAACGAUGUGCUUGUCAAGGAGUAUCCCACGAUCCUCAGCCGACUGGAGAACUGCAUGCACCAGGAUGUCUCUCGUCUUCAGGACAACGCCACCGGAUGCAUCAGCCGCAUGAUCCUCAAGAACAAGGACAGCGUCCCGAUUCCUGAUGUCCUUCCCGCCCUCGUUGGGGUCUUGCCUCUGAAGAACGACUACGAGGAGAACGAGCCUCUGUACCGCAUGAUCUGCCAGCUGUACAAGUGGGAGGACCCGACGGUCCGCCAGCUCACCCCCCGCCUGCUGCCGAUCUUCCAGUCCGUGCUGAGCGAUGAGGACCAGCUUGAAGAUGAGCGCCGCCAGGAGCUUACCGAGUUGGUCUCUUAUAUUAACAGCAACAUGUAGCCCGGUGCUGCUAUCUGGAUCGAGCGGCUGUCGUAAUCGGGUACUGAAAGGUACAUUGGCGGCUGUUUGGAUAGAUCGAUACCAAAUGUGGAUAUGAGUUGAUGAACAGGACGAGAGAAAAAAGAGACAAAAACUAAGAAGGGCACGACGCAUGAAAACAAAAGAUACCCCGGAGCCGUACAGCGGCACGAAGACCAAAAUAGACGUGUGAAUGACAUCGAAUCUACUUUCGAUUUAGUUCCUCUUGUGCUUUCUGUAGCCAGAAAGUUAUACAUAAUAAAAUAUUUCA